ACAGUAAGGGAUUUUCGUCGUUUUCAGACGUUUUUCGUGCACCCAUUGAUUUUUUUCCCAAUAGAUUUCAUAGUUCUAUAAGUCAAAAAUUUAAUAAGGUUAUCCUAUUUUAUUCAAAUACGAAGGAAGAUUCGACGAAAAGAUUACGGUGGAUAAUAAACUCAAAUAUCUAGGCCUAAGAAAUCUGCCAACCUGUUUAAAGUUCUAAAGACAUAGAAAAAGAAGAAAAAGAGUCAUGUCUGAAGAGAGUUCAUACAUAUUCGGCCACUUUGGUGAUGAUUUUAAGUGGGGAGCUGCGACUGCUUCUUAUCAAAUAGAAGGAGCAUGGAAUAUUGACGGAAAAGGUCAAUCAAUUUGGGACACAUUCGCCCAUACAAAAGGUAAAAUAAGCGAUGGAUCCAAUGGAGAUGUUGCCGCCGACAGCUACAACAAGUACGAAGAGGAUAUUCAACUCCUAAAAGAUAUCGGAGUCUCCCACUAUAGAUUCUCCUUCUCCUGGCCAAGAAUCCUACCAAAUGGAACGGAAGAAGGAGGAUUAAAUAAGAAAGGAAUUGAGUUUUAUAGGAAAUUCCUCAAGUCUGUUGUCGAUAAUGGUCUCGUUCCAGUCGCUACUCUUUACCAUUGGGAUCUUCCACAAGUACUUCAGGAUAAGGGAGGAUGGAUUUCUCAGGACAUUGUUAACCAUUUUGUUAACUACGCAAGAAUAUGCUUCAGGGAAUUUGGAGAUAUUGUAAAAUUCUGGAUAACGUUUAACGAGCCAACAGUGUUUACUUUCCUCGGCUAUGGAGUUGGAACCCACGCUCCUGGAAUUAAGGAUCCGUUAAAUUCUCCAUUUAAAGGUGGUCAUAACGUAAUAAAAGCUCACGCCCUAACUUAUAAGUUAUACAACGAUGAGUUUCGUAAAGACAAUCAAGGUAUCGUUGGUAUAACUUUAAAUAGUGACUGGUACGAGCCGAAAGAUUCAAAUAGCGAUAAGGAUAAAAGAGCUGCUGAUUUGGGAAUGCAGUGUAAACUCGGUUGGUUCGCUAAUCCAAUUUUUGGGGAUGGAGAUUAUCCCCAGGCAAUGAAAGUUCGUGCAAGAAGUGUCUCUGCAAUGCUCGGAUUUCCUGGAUCAUUUCUACCGCAAUUUACACCAAAGGAAAUUGAAUUGAAUAAAGGUUCUGCUGAUUUCUUUGGUCUUAACUAUUAUACGUCUAGAUACGUUAGUACUUGCCAAGAUUUCAGUGAACCUGUAACUGAGGCUAAAGUAAUAGGCAUAGAACAACAUAGUGAUCCUUCGUGGAAACAGGGAGAAUCAGAGUGGCUAAAAUCGGUUCCUUGGGGACUACGAAAGCUUGUUAAAUGGAUUCAUAGUAAUUACAACGCACCGGACAUUUAUAUCACUGAGAAUGGUUUUUCGGAUAAACCUGGAAUUAUCGAGGAUACGGAUAGAUGCGAUUAUCUUAAAGAACAUCUACAAGAACUGCUCAAAGCUAAAACCGAAGAUGGUGUAAAUUUAAAAGGAUACUUUGUUUGGUCCUUAAUAGACAACUUUGAGUGGAACGUUGGAUAUUUGGAGAGAUUUGGAAUAUAUCAUGUCGAUUUCGAAGAUCCAGCUAGAAAAAGAACCGCAAAAAAAUCUGCAACAGUCUUUUCAGAGAUUGUCAAGAAUAAUGGAUUUACACGUAAUUAA